CGAAACUCAAACUUUUUAUACUUGAAUUCAACAAAUAUUAUCAAUAUUUAACUUUUACAAGCCAUGAAAUGAAUCAUAGUUAAUUUUUUUAUUAAUGAAAUUAACUAAAAUGACGUUAUUUUGUUUAUAGUCCACAAAUCGACCAUGUCGAUCAUAUCGGUGAUAUUCACGUCCUUCACCCCUACACUCGCGUCACCUUCCUCCGUUCUUGUUCUUUCUGCGCGCUGUAGAUAAUGUAUAGCCACCCGACAUUCCGAUUCAAUCAUUGUCGAUCGGAAUCCAUGCUCCUCGGUAGGGAUGGCAAAAAUCCCCAUACCCAUGGGCUUUUAAUUAUCCAACCUUGUUGGGUUGGGUUUGGAGUGCAAGUUAAAUUCAAAUGGGUGAAGUCAGAUGGGUCAAAACCCAUACCCAUUAUAUUGGAUCUACUUUGGGUUUACCCAUGGAUUUGGAUAAAACAAUCCAAAUCCAAAUAAUUAAAACUGAAAAACAAAAAACAAAAAAAAAUCGAGAUUCUCUCUUUCCCUUCCAUCUCAGUCGAGACUCGAGACUUCUUUUCUUCCGAGCUGUCUCAGUUAUCCCCUCCGCCGGCCACCGCCGUCGGCGCCACGACCAUCGCCGCCAUCGUUAUCCCCUCCGAGCUCCGACCCACUGGGUCGCACCCACUCCGCCAUCGUUGUUGAAACCCACUCCAGCAUUCGAUUCGAAACACAGUUGAUUCGCCGGCGCCACGGCCAUCGCCGCCAUCGUUAUCCCCUCCGAGCUCCGACCCACUGAAUCGCACCCGUUCCGUCAUCGUUGUCGAACCCACUCCAGCAUUCGAUUCGAGGUCUAAUGAAUUUAACAGGAGACUCGAUGAUACACGGGAGACAAAAUUAGGGCUAGAAGAAACGAGAAAAAGUUACGAGAUCGGAGCAGUCACCUCUAGAAUUGAGCUCAUUCCGUUGCGCUUCGAGACGAUUGAGAUUGUGACUCUUCUGCCGAACCAAGAGCUGGAGCUCGUGGAUGUGUUGCUGGUAAUAUUGCUUGAGCCCUUCGCCUGCUUGGACACGCCCUUGACGGAAGAAGCCUGAUCUCCUUCUUCCAGAAGUGCUACGACUACUACAGCCGCAAAUACCCACCAACUUCCAGAAGAAGAAGAAGUCAUCUUUUGGUAAAUACAAUCACUCUCUCUCUCUCUCUCUUUCUCUCUCUCUCUCUCUCUCUCUCUCUCUCUGUCUCUGGUUCUAAAAGUUGAAAGAGUUAGAAGUUAGAACUAGAAAUAUAUAGUUUACUGUAAUCUCUGUUUCGUUGAAUGAUUGGGCUGUUUCACUAGUUUGAAUGAUUGCUUGUUGCUUGUUUGGUAUUUUUAGGGAAAUAUGGCUUCAGAAACUAAUGAUGAUAAUCUCUCAAUGAAUCAUGAGACUAGUAAUCCAGACCAACAUAGUGUGCCUUCUAGUCGUAUGUCAUGGUCUUCUGCAAAGCAGUGGUCUGAGGUAUGGAAGGAAUAUGAUCGAGUUAUGAUUAAUGGGUUAAGAAAAGCUGAAUGCAAACAUUGCCAUAAAAAGCUUGUUGCUGAAUCCAACUCAGGAACUUCUCAUUUGCGCAAUCACUUGUUUAAAUGUCCAGUAAAACAUGCUGAUCCAGUCAUGGUGAGUGGACUUUUGGGUAGUAAGAAAAGGAAAAUCGGUAUGGGGAGUUCGAGUCCUGUUGUUUUUGACCAAGAAACUAGUAGAAGAGAGCUUGCUUGUAUGAUUGUUCUCCAACCUUAAGGAUGAUUGCCAAGGACAUUCUGGCCAUUCCAGUGUCAACAGUUGUCUCAGAGUCUGCGUUUAGCACAAGUGGAAGAUUACUAAACCCUCAUCGGAGCCGGCUUGAUUCCAAGACUGUGGAAGCUCUUAUGUGCACUCAGAACUGGCUUUUUAAUGAACUUCGUGGUGUAGCCGAAUUUUCUCCCGAUGUUGAUGGUUCGACUCAAACCAUCUUCUGUGAGAAUGAUGGUGGUUAUGAUGAAGAAGUGGUGGAAUAUGAGAACUGAGAACCAUUUCAUUAGUUUUCUGCUCUUUAGGAUGGUUAGUU